CGGCGCGCCAGACGUGGGAGCUCGAGAACGACGUCGUCGAGCUCGACCCGCGCACCGAUGCCAUCUUCCACCACGACCCCGCCGAACAGCGCCGCAUCCUAGCCGAGGCGCCGUGGAAGCGCGAGUGAGUGCGGGGCUGCAGCGUUGGAAGCAUGGCACAUGCGCAGAGGCCUGUGCCGGCGGACUCGCAUGCAGUACGCUGUGUGGACGCACGCCGGCACGCAGACCGGUCGUACUGUCUGCUGCAGCAGAGCUCGAGGCAAAUCAAAUGCGCACACAUCCUGUGGCGAAGCUGACUACUACUCCCGUACAGCCCGCACUUCUUCCAGCGCGUGCGCAUCUCGAGCGUCGCGCUCAUCAAGAUGGUGAUGCAUGCGCGCUCGGGCGGCAUCUACGAGAUCAUGGGCCUCAUGCAGGGCAAGAUCGACGUCGCCUCGCGCUCGCUCGUCGUUAUGGACGCCUUCGCGCUGCCCGUGCAGGGCACCGAGACGCGCGUCAAUGCGCAGAACGAGGCGUACGAGUACAUGAUCCAGUUCAAGGAGGGCAGCGAGCAGGUCGGACGCCUCGAGAACGUCGUCGGCUGGUACCACUCGCACCCCGGCUACGGCUGCUGGCUCUCGGGCAUCGACGUGAACACGCAGAUGACCAAUCAGCAGCACCAAGAUCCCUUCGUGGCCAUCGUUAUCGACCCGAACCGGACCAUCUCGGCUGGCCGAGUCGACAUCGGCGCGUUCCGCACGUACCCUGAGAACUACAAGCCGCCAUCGGCCGGCCCGUCUGAGUACCAGUCCAUUCCGCUCUCGAAGAUCGAGGACUUUGGCGUGCAUGCGAACAGCUACUACCCGCUGCAAGUCGAGCACUUCAAGUCGUCGCUCGACACGGCGCUGCUCGACCUGCUGUGGAACAAGUACUGGGUCGCGACGCUGUCGCAGAGCCCGCUUGUCGUCAACCGCGGCUACGCAGCGGGCCAGGUGGCGGACCUGGCGGAGAAGCUGGCACGCGCGGACGGCGCGACGCGCGGCAAGUCGCAGACCACUGCGCCUCUGAAGGAGGAGAAUGCGCAGCUGGCCCGCGGCGAGCGAGUGGCGAAGCUGAAGGAGGAGAUUGCGCGGCGAGAGGAGGAUGCGCCGCUGGCCAAGGCUGCGCGCGACGGCACAAAGAUUUCGGCAGAGGCGCACCACGGCCUCAUCUCGCAAGCGCUCAAGGACGUGCUCUUCAACGGCGGCGGCGCGGCUGCACCUCUGCCGCGAUGAGAGCCGAGAACCUCACCUGGCCCGACGACACAUCUGUACCACCACACGCACACACGAGAGACAUCCUGAUCAACAGCCACAUCGAGAUCCUUUGGGACGACCGAGCAUGGCAGUCUGCCAGGCGGCGCGCGCGUGUCUACGUGGUAAAGGGUGAGAGGGGCGUGAAGUCGUGCAAGUCAUGUCUGGUGAAAGAA